AUGGCCGCGGUCACACAUCUAUCUAAUCUGUGCUUCUCAAAUGGCUCAACGAAGACGCCAGCGCGUAGCAACCAACCAUCGGUGGCUUCUCCUUUAUCACUCGUCGUGGCCCGUACGAUUCGCCGUAAAGCGUUCCCCGUGUGUCGUAUUCGCAGCGAAUGUAAGCCCUUACCUUGCCGUCCGAUGAGCACUGACCGGACGACGGCGCAAACAACUCCAUCCUCAUCUUCCCCAACAUCAUAUCCUUGGAUGAUGCUCCCCCCCGUCUUGGAAUCCGACUGCACCACCACCGCGGCUUACAAAUUCUACAGCCUGGCCGAGAAUCGGGUCGUAACCCUAACCUGCGAAGGUGCGGCCCGAGAAGUCACCGGCAGCGGCGAUGUGAUGCACUUCAGGGGAUCCUCCCACGGCUGGGUCGCCCUCUGGAACCCCCGCACCCACGAUCUGUUCCUCUACAACCCCAUCUCCCGCCGCCACAUAACCCUUCCCCCAUUUCACCAACUCCCGAAUUACAACCACAGACAGGAUUACGACCCGUUUCGCGUGGAGAAGAUCAUCCUCUCCUCCUCCCCAGACGAUGAAACCUGCCGGGCCGUGAUUAUCUACAAAUUGGAGGGAAUGAUGGGCUUCUGCUGCCCGGGCCGUGGAGGGAAUGACAAAUGGGCCCCAAUGGCUGACGUCAGGAGCUGGUGGAGCCCGGACGACGGGACGUCCCCAUAUAGCAGCUACAAGGACUGCGUCUACUCCCGGGCCCACGGGCUCUUCUUCGCCUUGACACAAUGUGGGUGCUUGGAGUCUUGGGACCUUCAUGACCCGUCUUCCCCUGUCUCGACUCGGAUUGCAGACCGAAUGAGUCUACGCGGGUUUCCCCUGUGGGACCACACGCCCAUGACUCGGAUGGUGGUCGCGGGCCGGGACAUCCUGUUUGUGACUCCACAUAGGACAGACAUAUUGGACUGGGAGGAGGGAUUGUGUGGGGAAGAUUACAGGAUCUUAGAGCAAUAUCCCCCGAGUGUGACUAUUGAUUUCGAUGUGGACAGAUAUGAGGCGGAGGGUGGGGAUCUGGUGAGGUGCUCCUCUCUCGGGAAUUGGGCUGUUUUCGUGGGGAACUGCAGCCACGCGGUUGCGGCCCAGCUGCCUGGGCUCAAGUCCAACUCCAUUUACUUCACGGAUUUGAAAGACACCGAGGUGUUUGAGAAUGAUGAACUGAUCAACGGCCACGAUGUUGGGAUUUUGGAUUACGAGAAGAAGACCGUGUCACCGUGUUAUUAUCCCGUAGAUGCCCGCAGACUCAAGAAGAUUUUCCCAGGGCCUAUGUGGUUCUUCCCUAGCCAAGAGUGA